AUGGAGGAAACCAGCGUAGUUAUCGUGGGCGCUGGCCCUAGUGGCUUGGUCCUUGGAGCUUUACUUGGGCGUAUGAAUGUCAAGGUAGUCAUUCUGGAGAAAGAACUAGAAGUUUGUGAAGAUCCGCGAGGAAUCGUGGUGAACGGAGACGCCGUACGAAUCUCGUACCAAGUUGGGAUUGGAGAUGAACUGACGAAGAAAAUUGGAAGUGACCUUGGAUCCCUAAACUUCCACCGAGGGAACUUUCGUACAAAGCCUUUUAUGGCUUUCAAUAUAUUACCAGAUUGGGCCGGACAAUCUGUUUCGCAAAAUAUUGCACAGUUCCAGCCUAAUUACGAGCGAGAGAUACGUAACCUCCUUAGAACAAUCCCGUCCUGCAGCUUGAGAAUCGGAUGUGAAGUUCUCAACCGAGUUGAAAAGGACAACGUUACGGAAAUUGAAUACCUGACACCUGAAGGAGACCGCAAAUGGAUCCGGACAUCUUGGCUCGUUGGCGCCGAUGGGAAGCGUGGUGUGGUUAGAAAGAAGUUCCUUGAACCUGAGGGUAUUAAGCAGGUCGAUGCUGUAUGGCCUUACGUCGGCACAUGGGUCGCAAUCAAUCUUGAGGUUGAUUUGCCUACACCAGAGACACAUCCGGAUUUUCCCUUAUGGGACUUGGGAUAUACGCCUGAGGAGGUGCAUGCGGCGUUUUGGCCAAAGGGAUUCCACUUCUGUAACGAUCCUGUCCGACCAGCGGUUAGUGGACGGUUUGGACCGAAGCAUACACGAUUCUGGAGACAUGAAUACUCCAUCGGCAUGGAAGAGGAACCAAAAGACUGCGUUUCAGAUUUCUGGGACCAUUUCUUGCCCUGGAUGGUCCUACCCGGUUCACAGUUUAGCAACAAGUUUAGGGGAACUACCAUUUCUUAUCCACGAGACUGCAUCAAAGUGCUACGAUGCAGACCGUUCCGCUUCGCGACAAAAGUCGUAAACCGCUGGUUCCACAACACAACGAUGCUCAUCGGCGAUGCAGCACAUGUUUUCCCUCCCUUCGGCGGACAGGGUAUUGCAACUGGUAUCCGAGACGCCCAAGCAUUAUCCUGGCGUCUCGCGAUCCUAGGCCGACUUCAAAAUACUCCGAUCUCAGUCAGAGAAAGGAUUCUGACAGGUUGGUCACAGGAACGCCGUCAUGCAUGGGAAAUAGCCACCUUGGCAACAAAAAUGAAUGGUAGUAUUGUGAACCAAAGUACAUUUUGGUCUGGGUUAUUUUUCAGGUUCUGUAUGCGUGUAUUGUGGGCGAUUCCGGGGGUUGCGAAGUGGAGGACACAAAUGACGUUUAGGGAUAAGUUGGCUUAUAAUGGGCAAAGUUGUCCUGAUGGAUUCUUCUUAGAGGAGAAUGGAGGAGGGAGGAAGAUUGGGCAGGCUUGGCUGGCAAAUACUACUGAUGCAGCUGUUCCCCCACAGUUAUCUGAUGAGGUUAUCUUUAGAGACUUGUCGAGAUUGUCUAUUCUCGUAUUGGUGAGAACUUCCGUCGAUAUUCCUUCCAAGUCAGUACUUGGUGAUGUUUUGAGGAUAUCCGGUAUACCAGUGGAAGUUUUGGGAGAGGAAAAUAUCACAUAUUUGGAUAUCUCGAAACAUGGAGUGCCAGUCUCAGGAAAGAAUGAUCAGAUCUGGCGUCCCUGUUCCACGAAUGAACUUGAGGCGAAGGGUAUCCAGCCAAUUCUGGGAUACAACAAAAGUGCGAUUCACAACAAUCUACCUUUCUCAGCGAGAUUCGUCAUUCUACGUCCGGAUUUCUUUAUUCAUUCCAUUGCAGGUGAUCUGGAUAGUUUGAGGAGGAAUCUGGGGCGGGUCAAGCAGUAUUUUAUGUCAUCAUAG